UCGCCUUUGUCGACUCUCACUCUGAAGUGCAGUUUUGCGGGAACUUUGGAGAGGAAGAACUGUUACAUCCUGCUUGCGACAGUGAUAAGCAAAAUGCCACCCAAGGCCAAGGCAGGUACAGCGAAAAAAGAGAGAGCUCCACUCAAGAGGAAACUGGCUGAAGAAUUCCCACCAGGGGAAGUCCUGACAGAUAAUGCAAAGAAAAGAUGGAAACUUGGGCCACCUGUUGGACAGGGAGGUUUUGGCCUGCUGUAUCUCGCAAACGAGGACUCUUUGAGAUCUGUUGGAGAUGAUGCGGCUUAUGUCAUUAAAGUGGAGCCAAGUGACAGUGGUCCUCUCUUCUCUGAACUGAAGUUCUACAUGCGAGCUGCCAAACCUGAUCUAAUUGGGGCUUGGAUGAAGUCGAAGAAAAUGGAGUAUUUGGGAGUUCCAAAGUAUUGGGGAUCUGGUUUUCACGAGAAAGGUGGUAAGAGGUACAGAUUUAUGGUCAUGGACCGAUUUGGAACAGAUCUACAGAAGAAGUUUGAGGAAAAUGGAAAGAAAUUUCCACAAAAGCUGGUUCUUCAGCUGGGCCUCAGACUUCUGGACAUUCUUGAGUACAUCCAUGAACACGAAUAUGUGCAUGCGGACAUCAAAGCUUCCAACCUCCUCCUGUCCUACACCAACCCCAAUCAGGUGUAUUUAGUAGAUUAUGGACUGGCUUAUAGAAACUCUCCCGAAGGUGUUCCAAAAAUGUACAAGGAAGACCCAAAGAGGUGUCAUGAUGGGACCAUAGAGUUUACAAGUAUCGAUGCACACAAAGGAGUUGCUCCUUCAAGAAGAGCAGACCUUGAAAUCAUGGGCUACUGCAUGAUCCAGUGGCUCUGUGGUCGUCUGCCCUGGGAGGACAAACUCCAAGAUCCCCUCUAUGUCAGAGACUCCAAACUGAGGUGUAGAGACAAUAUUGAUGAAUUCAUGAAAAGCUGUUUCACCACAGAAAAUAAACCAGAUGAAAUGGGGAAGUUCAUGCAAGAGGUCAAGACUCUUGGAUACACGGACAAGCCAGAUUACGCAAAACUGCAAGGAAUUUUACUGCAAGGGCUGAAGAGCAUAGGGGUGACUGAUGACAGAAAGCUGGACUUCACGAUUUCGGCCAAUGGCACGGGCCCGCCCUCAGUUAAGAAUCUAAAGCGAAAGAAAGUGGUGGAGAAAGGGAAGUCUAAUGACGAAACUGAUAGCAGCCCGGCAAAGAAGAGGCGAGCUCCUCCAAAGAAGGUGACUGAGUUGUGAGUUAUUUUCAUCUUCUUUGUAAUGCCUUGAAUAAUCAAGCUUGUGCGGAUGAGGUCCAGGGGGGAUUGCUUUGCCCCUGAUAAGGAAAUCCCUGAAGGAGCUCAGAGUCCCAACUCCCCCGUCACACUUUCUCCUUGUUGUGCUAUGAAAGCUGCUGAGCGGCUGGCACUCCAAUGUCGAGAGGCGAGCUGGUCUUUGAUACCUGCAUCGAGGCAAGCGAACGUGUGGCAGAUGCCGCAAAGACGAGUAUGUGUGUUUCGAGAAGGGGGCUCUGCGCCUUUCCACUCAACUGCCCUUUGAUCAGGCGGAGACAAAAGACUAGCACUUGGGUCCCACUUUCCAUGUCACUCUUACUUGAGUCUUUCUUACCUUGCCAUUCUCAGCAAGGAAAUGGUAUAAAAAAAGCUAUCAUUAAAAGUUAAUUGUGGCUGUACCACCUGUUAUAAAUUAUUGUAACUUUGCUGUUGGUUGUGGAAACAAACUGACAUCAUGUGCAUGUGUAUUUUUAGGCCCAAAUAUCAUCGCAAAUUGUUUUCUUUUUAAUACCAGUAAAAUGUAUAUGACAUUGAGGACAGGAAUAAUUUGAUGAGUCGCGGUUAUAAUACGUGAAUAAUAGAUAUGGCAUGUGUACAGUAUUCUGACUUUAAGAGUAGAGGUAUGUUUCAAAGAGUUUGGGGAAAUGCACUUGUAAUAAAUACCGUUAAACAAUACACUCCUGCGUUAUGUUUUAGUGAACGACAAAGUUCAGCCACAUCCUUUUGUUUUUGAAUUUGUCAGGAUGUCACUGAAGUAAUGCAAACCGACAUAACAUACCCUUUAAU